AGCUAUUACAUACUCACUGCGGCAGCGCGUGUAAUGUCUGGCAGAGGCAAAGGCGGGAAGGGGCUCGGCAAGGGCGGCGCCAAGCGCCACCGCAAGGUGCUGCGCGACAACAUCCAGGGCAUCACCAAGCCGGCCAUCCGCCGCCUGGCUCGGCGCGGCGGCGUCAAGCGCAUCUCGGGGCUCAUCUACGAGGAGACGCGCGGCGUGCUGAAGGUCUUCCUGGAGAACGUCAUCCGCGACGCCGUCACCUACACCGAGCACGCCAAGAGGAAGACCGUCACGGCCAUGGACGUGGUCUACGCUCUCAAGCGCCAGGGACGCACCCUCUACGGCUUCGGCGGCUAAAAUCAAAGUCGCAAAAGUCAUUGUUAAAACCACCAAGGCUCUUUUCAGAGCCACCCACAAAUUUUACAAAGAGAGCUGUUUGUUACUGCAAAGAUUGUGGAUGCAAAUGGAAAUUUGCUGACUCAGUAGUUGUACGAUAUUACGUUCUAAUAG